AUGGGUGACCCACAAGACCAUAAUGUGGUCCUUCUCGAGGAGCAAACCACGGGGUACUACUUGACCGCCAGAGCCGCGGACAUGAGGUCGCCCAUUCAGCACCCUCAAGUCCCAGCCAACAACUUUGAGGUGAACACCUCGGUCAUCACUAUGUUGCGCGGCUCGAUAGUAUUCAGUGGCAAAGAGGGGGAGUGCCCCCGAUCACAUCUGAGGCGAUUCCACGAGCUCAUCAAUGGAAUCAAGAUAAAUGGGGUCCCAGCCGAUGCCAUCCAGCUGAGGUACUUCCCAUUCACUUUGGAGGGGCAGGCCAAGGAGUGUUUGGACACUAGGCCCCCAGGAUCGAUCACCACGUUCGCCAACCUGGCGGACAAGUUCCUCACUCGCUACCAUCCUCCAUAA